AUGCUGCCGGGAGAGGUGCUUCUGCAGUUCGAGCACUUGCGCUCGCCUGGCUGGUCCGCAGUGGCCCAAACGCUUUAUGAUGAGGCGCCCAAGAAGCUUCAUGAAGCCACGGUUGCACACUUGGUGGCCAUCAAGUUGCAAAUGCCGCUCGCCUGGGCAGGUGUCUGGAGACUGCGCGCGAAGGAGAUGGAAGACCUGAGCGAGGCAAGCCACCAGUGUUUGCGUGCGUUGAGCUUUGCCACAGGCAGCGGUCCUCCAAUUGCGGCGCUCACGGACGCUGCGGGAGCGGUCACUCUCGGCGUUCGCGUUGGCGCCGACCAUGCCGCCGCUGAUUGUCACAUAGUUGAAGCUGCAGACAUCGGGAAACACCUUCCCUGGGUCGGCGUGCAGUCUGUCCAGCCUAACGGAAGGCUGUCCCGGGAUCCACGCAGUGAGAGAUAG